AGCUUCACCAACUUUACACAUACCCCGACACCGACCACGACACCACAGCCAUGGGUCUAGUCGACUACAAUUCCAGCAGCGAUGACGAGAUGCCGAGUGCGCCGACCGCGUACGCGCCCUCCAUCACGACCAUGACGACCAGAAUCACCGCGGCGCCCGACGUCUCGCUCGAGGACCCUAUGCAGCUCCGGCAGUCACUGAUCAAGCCGACCGACCGGAGCAUCACGCACAACAUGUCGUACGACCAGCUUUCGGCGCCGGAGGCGGGCCCGCAGAAUCCGUUCCUGGGAACCGACGCGACUAGUAGGAAGCGCAAGAACGUCCCCACCGGGUAUGCUGAGCAGAGUGGCAUCAGCGAUGCGACGUUCCGUGCGCAGCACCGCACUUUCAACUCGCUUGGGUACGCGGCGGUCGGCGAGGGAUUCGUCGGCGAUCAGAAUGCCGUGGUUGCACAUGGCGGGAAGGAUGUCGUCCAGCUGCGGCCGAGUAAGAAGGAGACUGAGGCGAUACGGAGGAAGAGGCAGAACAAAGGGGAUGCGGCGGUGCUGGAUGGUGAUGGGGCGUAUUUGGGGCCGUGGGCGCGGUACAAUGAGGCGGCAAUGGCGAUACGGGAUGACGAGGAGGGUGAGGAGUAUGAGGAAGAGGAGGCAGCAGAGGAGGAGGAAGUGGUCGCGCCCGUGUCGAACCCCAUCAUCGACAAGGCUGGUCGCGAAUACCUGGAUGUCAAUACUGGCGGUGUGGGCAAAGAGAACUCGGAGUUCCACGGAACCGACAUGUACGAUUACCAGGGAAGAUCGUAUAUGCAUGUUCCUCAGGAUUUGGACGUCGACUUGAAGAAGGAGCCGGGGACCCAGACGAAUUUCAUUCCAAAGAAACUGGUGCAUACUUGGAAGGGCCAUACGAAACCCAUUACUGCGUUGCGCUUCUUCCCCGGCGCGGGUCACUUGCUGCUAUCUUCUUCGAGCGACUCCAAGGUGAAGAUCUGGGAUGUCUACCACCAGCGCGAGCUGCUACGAACCUACAACGGCCACUCCAAGGCAGUAACAGACAUCACAUUCACUCCCACCGGCGAAAAUUUCCUUUCAGCCUCCUACGACCGGUACAUGAAGCUCUGGGACACCGAAACAGGCAAAUGCCUCCACCGCUUCACGACGGGCAAAAUCCCACACGUAAUACGUUUCAACCCGUCUCAGCCGCACGAAUUUCUCGCCGGUAUGUCGGACAAGAAGAUUGUGCAGUUCGACACUCGCACCGAAGAGAUGGUGCAAGAAUACGACCACCAUCUCGGCCCGGUAAACACCAUCACCUUCGUCGACGAAGACCGCCGGUUCAUCACCACCUCCGACGACAAAUCGCUGCGCGCGUGGGAAUACGGCAUCCCGGUCCCCAUCAAGUUCAUCGCCGAGCCGUACAUGUACAGCAUGGUGCGGGCGGCGCCACACCCGAGCGGGAAGUACGUGGCCUACCAGAGCGGCGACAACCAGGUCGUCGUCUACGCGGCUACCGACAAGUUCCGGCAGAACAGGAAGAAGGCGUUCAGAGGACACAACAACGCCGGUUAUGCUAUCGAUAUCGAUAUCUCCCCCGACGGACAGUUCCUCAUGUCCGGUGACAGCGGAGGAUGGCUCUGCUUCUGGGACUGGAAGAGCUGCAAGUUGUACCAUAAGUUCCAGGCGAGUGAUGGCCCCGUUGUGGCCGCCCAGUGGCAUCCGCAGGAGACUAGUAAGGUCGCCAGUGCGGGGCUGGAUUGUGUCAUCAAAUAUUGGGAUUAGAGACUGGCAGCGUGGAGGGAUGUCAGAGAGUAUUUAUUGGAUGUGGAAUGACCAGCAUGAAUGUAUCUUGUCUCCAGGUUCGCGUUAGGGUAUCCAUACGGAUCAAGUGAUAUCAUAGGCGUGUGGUCGAGCGGGACCGU